AGUUGGCCUGGCUGCAUUUCCAAGGCUCGCCACAAGGGGGCGGCAGCUGGCCAGGCACGGGCCAACUCUCGGGGACCCGUCCGGAGGGGCUGCCCCCCGCACUGGCCCGGUGAUUCCAGGGGCGUGAUGGGGCUCGGACAGGAUGGAACUGCCCUGGGGAGACUGGCUAGCUCCUCUCCUCCUGCAGGACUCCUGCUGGGCCUCAGGGGCGGCGCCCUCAGCCCGGCCUGCCAGGAGGACGGAGAAAUCGCCGGCCUCUUCCACCCCAGCCCAGCCUGCCCCCCACCUGCCCCGGAGGACGUGCUGGAGAUCUACCUGCUCUCCAAGCAGGGCAAGAGCUGGCGCCCCCAGCUGUGGAGCUACCGGCAGGCACACGAGAGCAACGCCCAGCUGACCGACUUCUGCCCCAAGCGGGCGGGCGACGGCAAGGUCUACGUGGUNCCCUGCUGCCGAGCGCUAGGCGCCACCGGAGCGCCCGCCUGCUGCAAACUCCCUGCCCAUGCUACAAGGGACAGCGGGGCCUAG